GCAUCCAGUCCGCGACCCGGAUCAAGGAGCGCACUUACGCGCCCUUGGAUGUCGGACAAGUCUACAUCCCAGCCAACAUCCCAAAAGGAUGGAUGAAGACCUUCUACCCACACCGCUACGCGCUCGCCCACGUGGGCGACGCGGCGAUGCGCGAGUUCUUCGACAGGAACCGCAUCCUCCCCAAUGUCAACCACAUGGACCUACGCUACGCGGCAAGACCGGCCCACAUACCAUAUUACAGGAAAGCAGCGCGGGCACGCACCGACGAAGACGGCCAGCUCGAAUCUACGCAAACACGCGCACUGAUUGCCGCGUUGCCAUGGGAACGGGCCAGGGACCUGGCGGAGAGGAACUUCAUCUACCUGAUCCCCCCACAGCUGGGCCCACGACGAACCGACAUGGACAACGUCGACCAGAUCCACGAGCUGCUGUCCGCGCAGGCGCAGAAGAGGGCAGACUUCCAAGACGCCGAGCACAAAGCAAUCCGCUCGCAGAGCCUCGACGGCAUGAGCCCUCGCAGCGACAUCCUAUUCUUCGACAAAAACAACUUCCACAUGACGCCUCAGACCCGAGCAGGCCAUCACGCAGAGGCGGGGGGACCCAGUGGCGAUCCAGUCCCCAUGGUCGUGGCCGCCGACGAGAAACUCCAUGACCUGCAGAACUACAGCGCGGCCUACAGGGCGCCCACCAACCGCUACGACGAGACCCAU